GAGAGAAAAGGAAAUAAUUAGAACAUAGGACAUGAUGGAUAAUUCCUCAUGUUCUGAAUAUUGGCCUGAGACUGAAACUGAAACUCAUUUUCAUCAUUUCCAAGAAGUUGCUGCUGCUUCACCUUUUGUACUUCCAUUGGUUCCAAAUUCUUGUGAUGAUACCUCCUUUCAACUUUAUGAAAACCCUUGUUAUUGGUCCCAACAGUUUGAAGAAGAUACAAGUGCAAGUGCUUCUAGGAGCCAUAGUGAAGCUGAGAAAAGACGCAGAGACAGAAUUAAUGCUCAGCUUUCCACUCUUAGAAAACUCAUUCCCAGCUCUGAAAAGAUGGAUAAGGCAGCUCUACUUAGAAGUGUAGUUGAGCACGUUAAAGAUUUAAAAGGAAGAGCAAAGGAAAUCAGCAAGGUAGUGAACACUCCAACUGACAUUGAUGAAGUAAUAAUUGAGCAUUUAGAUGAGGAUGAAAAUUCAAGCAAUAGUAUAAUUCUCAAGGUUUGUCUAUGUUGUGAUGAUCGACCUGAUUUGUUCUCAGAGCUAAACAGGGCACUUAACAACCUCAAACUAACAACUGAGGAGGCUAAUAUAACUAGUUUGGGCGGCAGAAUUAAGUGCGUUUUCGUGCUUAAGUCCGUUAAUGGUGUUUGCUUGAAUUCACUUAAACACUCUCUUAGUAGAAUUGCUAUUUCCCCUUCUACAUCCAAUUAUCACAUCAAAAGUAAGAGGCAGAGAUUCUUCUUGCCUGCUAAUUUUUCUUAAUUCUUUUUAUUUUAAUCCCCGGUCUUACAUAUUGAGCUUCCAAAGAGGUGUUUGAUUGAGCAGCUCAAUCACGCCUCAUCAUCCUAGUAGGUGUCUGUGCCAUUGGACCAGCUAAACUUGUUUUGAUCUAGUGUGUGUCCGUGCACUACUCUUGGACUCGCUCAGCAGCUCUCUGUUUUUUUUUUUUAAACAGGUCUAUUUAUUUAAAUUUGUUGCCAAUUUUCAUAUUCAAUAUGGUAUUUGUCUGAGAAAGUACACAUCAUGUCCUUUAAUCUUGAUAGCCAAGUGAAUCAUCUUUUUUUUUUCUUUUUUUUUUUUUACCUGAGUAUUCAAUAUAGUAGGUGCAGUAUCCUAGUUCCCAGUUUCCACCA